GGAGGGGUUGUGAGGUGUUCAAGAUGGCGGCGCCCUGUGGCGUGCAGUUGCUCUAACAGUGGUGCCUGGGGACUGUAUUGACGGGCCGGCCCAGGGACCCCUCCAGGCUGGACAGGACACGGGACGCCGUGAGAGUGACGUCUAAGAGUCCUUCCCCUCUCCCUAGACUGUUUCAGAGACGCCCGCCUCCAAACCCUCCAUACCACCAUGUCCAGGGAACAGCUCAGCGUGGGGGACCUGCUUCCUCUGCUGGAGACCUCUGACCUCCGCCAGCUGGAUGAGAUCAAGGGCCUUAUCAAUGAACACCUCAGCACAGAUCGAGGGUCUGUGCUGCUGAACUGCUUGGUGGAUUAUUUCUUGGAGACCAACUCCGCCCAGGCAGUGCACAUCCUGUCCUCAGUGAGGGAGCCACACGAUAAGCACCUUUUUGAUAAAAUGAAUGAAUGCAUGGCUAAAGCCCCCUGUCGCCUGCCCACUCUCACUCUACUGGGUUCUUCCUCGACUCAUUUCUCCACCCCUCGUCAGCCUGUCGUCCCUCCUUUGGCCCUGUCUUCUUUCUCAGGCACUCAGCCCCCCUAUCGCAGCCCCACUGGAACCCGUCGGCAGAACUCCAGCUGUGAAUUUAAUGCCACAUAUGGCUUUAAGGAUUCCCUCUGGAGCCCCUCAUCUCAAUGUGGCAUGGCCACGCCCCCUUCCUCCCGUGGGAUGUCACCAAACCCGGAACUGUCCCAGAGUGCCUCUCACCUACCAAUCCGCCUCUACAGCACACCUGCAGGUGGAAAAGGCACCCCGUCCUUUAGCACCCCUGCGGCCGCCUCACCUCCUCCCAGCCUCCCUGAUGAGUUUCCCUCUGUGUCUCUUCUUCGCAGUACCGCCAGCCCACCAUGCAAGGAUGGUAGACCUUUAGACCACACCAAACCUGUUUUGGUCAGACAGGAGCCGGUCAGACAGGAGCCAGACAGAGAGCUUGAGAAAACUGGACCUGACAUGAUCAAUCAUAGAGAUGGCAGAGGUGAGAACAUGCCCAUGACCCUGACCGAGCUCUCUGUGUACAUGAAGGAGCAAGAACAGCUGAGGAUGGAGAAAGAGCGGGAGGAUGCUGCCAUCACAGAGGAGCUUUUGAAGUUAACCGAAGAAAAGCGGGAUUUAGCUGGCCUUCGUGGCUUUGACUCUCCAUUUUUCAGCACCACAGAGACCCUGACCGGAGCGCAAGAGAAACCACUGCCCUCUUCUAUCCUGGGCAGCUCGAUUAGAGACCCUCACAACGCAAUCUCCACACCCGACAAGACUGAGAUCACGCCUGGGGACAGAGGCAGAGUCAGCAGAGGCCCAUCCCAGGAGCAUCCCUGGUCCUUUCAGCCAGUGUUCAUGCCCAUCGAGCACCCAACGCACAGCCAACUUCAUCGGAGCCCCUCCGCACCAGAGGAUGAGGCACUUAAAUACGGCUUGUGCUCCCCGAGCCCAUGCAAGCCACCACCCCUGCCAUAUGAGGCUCUGUUUGACCUGGCCCUGCCUCGGGCAGCCUCUCUCUUCGUAGGGAGGAAGACCUCAGAGAUUGUGCAGCGAGAAGCCUUGGAGAGGAUACAGAGAGGUGAUGUGGGCAAACAAGGGGAGGAGGUGGGUGUUGAGGGGGCAGUGUCUGCCUCCCCCUUGGAGGUGCUGGAUCGCCUCGUGCAGCAGGGCGGUGACGCCCAUGACAAAGUGUUAAAGAGAUUGCCUCUGCCAAGCAAGUCAGCUGACUGGACACACUUUGGAGGUUCUGCUCCUCUGGACGAGCUGCACACACUGCGCAGUCAGCUGCUGCUGUUACACAACCAGCUCCUGUACGAGCGCUACAAGCGAGAGCAGCACGCCAUACGCAACCGACGCCUGCUUCGGCGCAUCAUCAAUGCCACCGCACUCGAGGAGCAGAAUAACGCCAUGAAGGACCAGCUGAACCUGCAGAGUGUGGAUAUCAUGUCUUUGAGAGAGAGCCUGCAGGUAGAGCAGCAGAGAUACCGGCAGCUCUGGGACGACCGAGAGACUGUGGUUACACGUCUGCACAGCCAGAUACGCCAACUACAACAGGCCAGGGAUGACUACUACACCAAAAACCAGGAGUUACAGAGUAAACUACAAGAAUGCCAGAAGCGAAUAGGUGAGAUGGAGGCGGAGCUUCAGAAGGCGAACAACAAGGUGUGCCACACAGGGCACCUGCUGAACCAGCUCACUGCCAAGUUAUCAUCGAGUGAAAGUAUUCAGCAGCAGUUGAGUUUUCUAAAUAAGCAGCUGCUGCUGCUAGGAGAAGCCCAUAAACUGUGUGUUCAGGAGCUGCAUCAGGCCGGACCAGAUACUAGCAAGGAGGUGCAGAUGUUGCAGACAUCCUGGGGGAAAGAGACGGAGCAUCUAAAGCAGAAUCUGUUACUUCAGAGCCAAAAGCUGGAUGCUGCUCAGCAGAGAGUGGCAGAGCUGGAGACUCAACUUGCUAAGAAAGAGCACCUAAUCGCAGAACAAAAGAAGUUUCUAGAAGAUGUCAAGGCUCAGGCCAAAGGGGAACUGCAGGCCUCUGAAAGCAGAUAUCAGGCACAGAGGUGGGUAACUCUGGCUCUGCAGACUGAGCUUCUGCAGCUCUACAGCAGGCUGGAAACAGAAGAGUCCUCUGCCACCGCUUCAGCCUUACCAGCAGAGGGUGCCACUGAACCCCGCAGUUCCACUGAGCCCAGUGUCAUAGUGGUGGAUGGCGCCUUAAAAACAGCCAUCAAAGAAGACAGCAUGUCAGCUCGGUCUCCACUCGGCAAUGGCAGCACUUUUUCGCCAGCGCAGCCCAAGGCCAGCUCUUCCACAGCCAACUCUGUAUACGGCAAUCGAGACACUCCCCCACCUGUCCUAGUGGAACCACCCCCUCACCGUCCUCAUUCCACACUGGGACCCCCAGGACCUUUGGUCCCUUCUGACACCCCACUCACUGUAGGCUCCUACCCCAGCGCCAAGAGCUUUUUGGGUAUGCGUGCAAGAGAGCUGUUCCGCAACAAAAGCGAGAGCCAGUGCGAUGAGGACGAAGCCCUGCCUCCGCGUCUCACUGGCCUAUCACAGGGCCUGAAAACUGAGCUGUGUGUGGAGCCGACAGCGAAGAGUACAUCCAGCUCCACCGCUGCGCAGAGCUUCAUGCUCAUCACAUCUGCUAAAGAAACCCAACCGGAUGCUCAGAGAGCCAAAAACCGAGACAAGUUCGGCUCAAGAUGCCCAGAGAGGCCUAGGCAGCAACCGUUAAGGAUCAUGGACUAUAACGAAAGUCAUCAGGAGCACAGCUAAAGUUAUGGAAAAAUGGUGAAAGAGAGGGAGGUAGAGGAUGGAAAGAUGUGCGAAUUUAGAUUAUUAGAACAUAAGGCAAGACUCUUUCGAUUAUCAGUGUUAUCUGUCCCAUUUCCACAAGCCGACAACAGGAUUUGGAGGUAAUAAACCAGUAAAACCCUCACUAAGAUGGGACAAGUGGAAGGAAUGGACUAAAACAACAUGUAUAGAAGUGGUCACAAAAUGUCUUUUAGUAACCCCACUGCGUUGUUCACCAGAAAUGUCACCGCUACAUCUUUUAUUUGUUAUUUUUUUGCUAAUUUAUCCACUCCCUUUAACCAAGUAACUGUUGCAGCACGUGGAAGCUUUGCAUUUAGGCUGUUAGAAGAAAUAUAAAUUGAUUCAUUUGUAGUAAUGGUACAAUGCUUAUACCCUCACAGCUCACCCACACAGAGCUGAAGUGUGUGCUUGGAUGCCAGGAGGCGGCUGGUCGGUUGGAUGGUUGGCUUGUGCCAAGCAGGAGUCAGUGUUUCUUUAAAGCCUUCAGGUUUUACCUUUCAAACAUGUCAAGUGCAUUUUCAUGUGCGCAAUUCAUGUUUUUCUUUACUACGUUUCUGUGU